CAAACGUCGUGUCAGUACAGCAUUGGCUCUAAGUUUAAUUGAAACGGCGAUACAAAACCAUAUGAAACGGUAGUAUUGGUGUUGUUGUAGGCAUUCAUUGCAUAACAUAUUUUGCAUUUCCAUUGCAAGCCAUACACCGAUCAUAAUGUCUACACAUUUGUAGUGAAUGUGUCGCUAAUUAAAGCAUUCAUUUUUACAUUUAUUUUUACGUAUUUUUUAAACGCAACAAAUAAGACAUGGGUAACUUUGUGGUCGACUCGUUAGGGCUGAGCGAUGUACUCAAAAUGGACAAACGCCAGCUGUUAUACCAGAUCCUCAACUUUGGUAUGAUUGUGUCGACAGCCCUUAUGAUCUGGAAGGGACUCAUUGUGAUGACCAAUAGCGAGUCGCCCAUAGUCGUGGUGCUCAGCGGAAGUAUGGAACCGGCGUUUUAUAGGGGAGACCUACUGUUCCUCACCAAUCACAGGGAUGAGCCCAUACGGGUGGGCGAUAUUGUCGUGUUUAAGAUCGAGGGCCGGGAGAUACCUAUUGUGCACCGGGUGCUCAACUUGCACGAGAAAGAGGACGGCUCCAUCAAAGUGCUCACCAAAGGCGACAAUAAUCGAGACCACGAUCGGGGUCUCUACGCGCCCGGACAGCUCUGGCUCCAGCACAAGGACAUCGUAGGCCGCGCCAAAGGGUUGGCCUACUUUUGUUACGCUGUUUUUGUUUCAUCACAGUUUGCUUGGGACGUGUUUCUGGUGACGAAGCACUGGUCACUCUUGGCUCCGGUCUUGAGGUUAAAUUUGGUGCACUUGAAGAAGCGCUUCAACUUCUUGUGGGCGAUAGCGUCGCGACAAUCGGUGGUCCGUUUGGGCGUCGGAUCAGACAUCGGGCGCCGGUAUUGGCCCACAAACGAUGGCAACGACGCCCCGGAGGACAACGAGGAGGUGGUAGUGGUGGUGCGCGAAGACAUCACCGAUCACUUGAUCCCCAAA